AUGCGCCGUGUGAGGGCGAAGUGCCCGGAUGUGGCGGCCGCGCUGCAGGCCGACGAGUCGAUCGCCGAGGCGUCGAGCGGCAGGACGGGCCGAGCUGUCAUGGCGGGCCGAUGCCCGGGCCUCGGGCUCCGGGUGUUUGGGAGCCGUUUAGGUUACCGAUUCAGAGGAUUAAGUUCUUUGCCGGAUGAAAAGAAGGAAUACCUGAAAAAUGGACCAGACCUUCAAGAUUUUGUAUCUGGAGGUUUGUCAGACAAGAGUGCCUGGGCUGAUUAUAAGGAGAACUUGAAACGCCAGAAGGGCGAGAGGCUGAGACUACCUCCGUGGCUAAAAACCGAGAUUCCAAUAGGCAAGAACUACAACAAGCUGAAAAGUUCGCUGCGGAAUUUAAACCUUCACACGGUGUGCGAGGAAGCCCGCUGCCCCAACAUCGGCGAGUGUUGGGGCGGGGGUGAGAAUGCUACCGCCACGGCCACCAUCAUGCUGAUGGGCGACACGUGCACGAGGGGCUGUAGAUUCUGCUCCGUGAAGACGGCCCGGAACCCGCCGCCCCUGGACCCCGAGGAGCCGUACAACACGGCCAAGGCCGUCGCCGAGUGGGGCCUGGACUACGUGGUUCUCACGUCUGUGGAUCGCGACGAUCUGCCGGACGGAGGAGCCGAGCACUUCGCGAGGACGGUGUCGCACUUGAAAGAAAGGAAUUCAAAAAUCCUCGUGGAAUGCCUGACCCCCGAUUUCCGCGGCGAUCUGCAGGCCGUUGAGAAGGUCGCCCUUUCGGGCUUGGACGUGUUCGCCCACAAUGUGGAGACGGUUCCAGAGCUGCAGAGGCAGGUCCGGGAUCCGCGAGCCAGCUUCGCCCAGUCCGUGCGGGUCCUGAAGCACGCCAAGGACGUUCAGCCUCGACUCGUCUCCAAGACGUCCCUGAUGUUGGGCUUGGGCGAGACGGACCGGCAGGUGUACUCGACCCUCCGAGCUCUGCGGGAGGCCGACGUGGACUGUCUGACUCUGGGCCAGUACAUGCAACCGACGAGGCGUCACCUCAAGGUGGAGGAGUAUAUAACGCCUGCCAAGUUUAAACACUGGGAAAAGGUGGGAGAGGAGCUUGGAUUUCACUAUACCGCCAGCGGACCCUUGGUACGCUCCUCCUACAAAGCAGGUGAAUUCUUCCUGAAGAAUCUAGUGACCAAACGAAAGACGCCAGUGGAAAGCGACAAGCCGACUUCACUAGCGUAAUGGAGCUCGAGGAUCCCAGCCAGGCAUUUGAUCUUCAACCCCGCUCCCUGCUUUUUUGUGUCCGUUUGGGAUUUAUGUAAUUGUUGGGGCUGUUGUCAUUUGGCUUUGUCCACUGGCCCCGUGGUCACUGGGACUCUCAAGCCUGCCCCAGUUUGAAAAAUUUGUAGCGGAAAAUGAGUAAGGCCGGAGCUUCCGGACGUCGGCCUCACCGGCACCGUCGCAUUUGGGAAUUGUGGACGCGGUGGAUUGUAGGGAGACGUUCCAUUUGGGAAUUGUGGACGCGGUGGGUCGUGGAGGGACGUUCAGCAGAGCGUGAUCGGUUCACGCAGUUAACGGGUGACGUGGGCGAUGGCUGCAGCGUCACUCCAUCCUUUGGCUGUGGCGCCGGGUUUGAGGGACGAUUCUGGUAGACGGGCGGGAGGACUUUGGGCUCUGAGCAAAAUGCAAUUACACAUUAA